AUGUUUGGUGUGUACCGAGUUUUCGUCUUGCUGGUGUUUGUUAGUCAGCUUUGCAAUGGGUUCUACUUGCCAGGGAGUUAUAUGCAUACAUACUCAAACGGAGACCCAAUCUUAGCCAAAGUCAAUUCCUUGACGUCUAUUGAAACCGAGCUUCCUUUCAGUUUCUACAGUCUUCCCUACUGCAAACCGAUCGAGGGCAUUAAGAAGAGCGCUGAGAAUCUUGGGGAGCUUCUCAUGGGGGAUCAGAUUGAUAACUCUGCUUACAGGUUUCGGAUGAACAAGAACGAGUCUCUCUAUCUCUGCACCACGAGCCCUUUGAACGAGCAUGAGGUCAAGCUCUUGAAACAGAGGACUCGCGAGCUGUACCAAGUGAAUAUGAUUCUUGAUAACUUGCCGGCUUUGAGAUUCGCCAAGCAGAACGGUGUUACCAUCCAGUGGACUGGAUACCCUGUUGGAUACUCACCGCCUAACAGCAAUGAUGAUUACAUCAUUAACCAUUUGAAGUUUAAGGUCUUGGUCCAUGAGUAUGAAGGGAACGUGAUGGAGGUGAUUGGCACUGGUGAAGAAGGUAUGGGUGUGAUCUCUGAAGCUGAUAAAAAGAAGGCUCUUGGUUAUGAGAUAGUUGGGUUUGAGGUUGUUCCCUGUAGUGUGAAGUACGAUGCUGAGAAAAUGACGAAGCUUCACAUGUAUGACCCUGUUCCUUCGGUUAACUGUCCGUUGGAGCUUGAUAAAGCUCAGAUCAUUAAAGAGCAUGAGAGGAUAACCUUCACUUAUGAGGUUGAGUUCGUUAGGAGUGAGACAAGAUGGCCGUCGAGAUGGGAUGCGUAUUUGAAAAUGGAAGGUGCUCGUGUCCAUUGGUUCUCUAUCCUCAACUCGCUUAUGGUGAUCUUCUUUCUCGCGGGUAUAGUUUUCGUCAUAUUCCUGAGGACAGUGAGAAGGGAUUUGACAAAGUAUGAGGAGCUUGACAAGGAAGCACAGGCGCAGAUGAACGAGGAGCUCUCUGGAUGGAAGCUAGUUGUUGGAGAUGUGUUCAGAGAACCAGAGCUAUCGAAGCUUCUAUGCAUUAUGGUGGGAGACGGUGUUCGUAUCACAGGAAUGGCUGUUGUCACGAUUGUUUUCGCAGCACUUGGAUUCAUGUCGCCUGCUUCAAGAGGAAUGUUGCUAACAGGGAUGAUUAUUCUCUACCUGUUCUUGGGUAUUGCUGCUGGGUACGCCGGUGUUCGUCUCUGGAGAACCGUCAAGGGAACUUCAGAAGGAUGGAGAUCACUCUCAUGGUCCAUCGCAUGUUUCUUCCCCGGUAUUGCUUUUGUUAUACUAACAGUACUCAACUUCCUUCUCUGGCACAGCAACAGCACUGGCGCGAUCCCAAUAUCGCUGUACUUCGAGCUCAUAGCUCUAUGGUUCUGCAUCUCCGUUCCUCUCACCUUGUUCGGAGGAUUCUUGGGGACGAAAGCAGAAGCAAUCCAGUUCCCAGUGAGGACCAACCAGAUCCCAAGGGAGAUCCCAGAACGGAAAUACCCGUCGUGGCUUCUCGUCCUCGGAGCAGGAACGCUUCCUUUUGGAACCUUGUUCAUAGAGCUCUUCUUCAUCUUCUCCAGCAUUUGGUUAGGGAGAUUCUACUACGUGUUCGGGUUCUUGCUCAUUGUUCUGCUUCUUCUGGUUGUGGUGUGUGCGGAAGUUUCCGUGGUCUUGACCUAUAUGCACCUAUGUGUUGAAGAUUGGAGAUGGUGGUGGAAAGCGUUCUACGCGUCUGGCUCAGUGGCGUUGUACGUGUUUGCUUACUCCAUCAACUAUUUGGUCUUUGAUCUGCAGAGUUUGAGUGGACCGGUCUCGGCUAUGCUUUACAUUGGUUACUCUCUGCUUAUGGCAAUUGCAAUCAUGCUCGCUACCGGAACCAUUGGCUUCCUCACUUCCUUUUACUUCGUCCAUUAUCUCUUUUCAUCUGUCAAAAUCGAUUGA